UUUUGUUUAAAUAGUGGCUGCAUUUUACCAAACCAUCCAGAAUUUGGCAAAUGGUUUGUUACUGGAUCAAAAAGCCUUCAACCUGGAAUGUCAGUGGCAAGAGGAACUCGUCUAAACGUACAAUGCCACGAGCAUUUCAAACUUGAUAGUCAACGGGUAAUUAAUUGUGGAAAGAACAAGUGGUCGCGCAAACUUGGGCGAUGUCUGAAACUUUGUCCAUCAAUAGUUAGCACACCACGUAUGCGAGUCACAUGUACCUACAAAGGCAAAGAAAGAGAAAAUUGUACUGAAGCUGUGGAAGGCACUCGUGCCAGGUUUCAGUGUGCCAACUUUUACGACGUGCAGUUGAAAAGCAAACGCGUUCACGUCUGCACUAAUGGGAUGUGGGAUCAACCAAAUCCUCAGUGUGUACCAGUAUGCGGGCAAAAGCCAACCACAAAUUUAACUAUUAACGGGUAUUCCAGUGACAAUAGAGAUGCUCCAUGGCACGUAUCUAUAUACCAUGAGGACUUGGAAACUGGAAUGAAGGAUUAUAUAUUCUCUUGCGUUGGAUCUCUUUUAAGUGAACGAAUUAUACUUACAGCUGCACAUUGCGUUACUGAUGACAAACAAAAUUUGAAAUCUAAAAAACAUUACAUCGUAGCUGUUGGAAAUGAACACCAGUACUUCAACGUCUCCGCAGACACUAAAGUUCAGUUUUCUCAGGUGCACGAAAUGUUCAUACCUAGAGAAUUUAAUAUUGUAACUACUGCUGGUGACAUCGCUAUUUUAGUUACGGAGAAAACUUUUGUAUUGUCGGAGAGUGUUCUUCCGGUAUGCUUAGAUACAAGUCAAAAUCACAAGCUUACAGAAAACCAAACUGUUGAUAUCAGCUGCUUUUGGCAAAAUUCUUUGUUAACAGAAUCAGCUCAUCAUGUUUCUCAUUCGAAGUGUCAAAGUUGUCUGCAUAAAGAUUUUCAGUAUUCUUUUACACCGCAGCACCAAUGUGUGACUAUUUUUAACAAUGGAAUCGUUUCCCUUUGCUACUCCGGAAUGGGCAUUGUGUACAAGCACGACGACAAAUAUUACGUAACUGGUGUUGCAAUUAAACACAUGAUCUGUGACGGUUUCUCUUCUAAGGCUCUUAUGUCUUACGUAGACAUUUCGAAUUAUAUGAGUGCUUUUAUUUUAUCAAAAUUAUCUAUAUAUGAAACUAUGUACAUAGUACACUAUUGUCUUCGAUAUGUAUUUUAUAAUUUUGUUUUCGCUUUUCUACUUGUUUCUCACGUCAAAUUGAACCUUUUAGUAAAUAGUUUUACUUAUGGCGCGUAUGAUUACACUAACUACAUUAGAGUACGACGCAGCAACAGCUGUACUCUUCCACAACACCCACAAUUUGGUCGAUGGACCAUCUACGGCGCUUCUACCCAACUGUCUCCUGGAAAGUCAGUACCAGAACGAACAAUCUUAGAAAUACGUUGCAACAAGAAUUAUAUACCAGACGGUGAUGAUUCCACUACUUGUAAACGUGGGACGUGGACACACCAAAUUGCACAGUGUUUACAGACGUGCCCCACGAUAAGCAACACUUUGGCGAUGACGGUAACUUGCAGCCGUAACUUACAAACACUGAAAUCUUGUGCCAAUGUUUUUGACAACACAAUGGCUCGCUUUCAUUGUGCCCGCUAUUUCGAGUUCCAGACUCCGGAGGAUGAGCCGGCUCGACUGUGCUCCAACGGGAGCUGGGUUGGGAGUUUACCCACGUGCGUACCCAUAUGCGGCCAACCGUCUCCUGUAGUAGAUCCUACAUUAAUUGUUGGAGGAACUGAAGCCGAAAGAGGCAAAUAUCCAUGGCAGAUCGCUUUGUAUGACGCUAAGAGCAAAAUCUUACUUUGUGGUGGAACCCUAUUGAAUCAAAGGGUCGUCUUAACAGCGGCACAUUGUAUAACAGAUGGUAAGGCUCAACUAGCACCAAAAGAAAAUUAUAUAGUGGCAGCUGGAAAAUAUUUUCUGCGGUACGAUCAUCCCGACGAUGUAAAGAGCACACAGUUUUCUUCUGUACUCGAAAUGUUUAUUCCGGUGAAGUAUAGAGGACACGCUCGACAGUAUGCUGAUGAUAUUGCGAUUAUAAUCACGACACAAAUCUUUGAUCUUUCUAUCAACGUUCGACCUAUAUGUGUUAUAUGGGAGACGUCAAGAUAUAUAGAGCUAUUAGAUCCUACUAAUACAACACGUGCUUAUGUCAGCGGUUGGGGUUACACUCGUGAGUUCACAGGUCGUCCUGAUGUUCUUAAAGAGUUAGAAGUUCCUCUCAUUAGUGAUCAGCAAUGCAUUGAGGGACUACCCGAAGACGAUACCGAAUAUGUGACUGGCGAUAAGUUCUGUGCUGGUUUUUUAAAUUCAAGUACUUCUGUGUGUAAAGGUGACAGUGGUGGAGGUCUAGUAGCCAAACGUGACAAACGCUAUUACAUUAUUGGAAUUGUCAGUCUUUCACCGCGAGGAAACACACAAACUGGUGGCUGCAACAGUCAACUAUACACUCUUUAUACUAAUUUUUCCUCCCACAUUAACUUUGUACUAGAGAAAGAAGCCAAAUUUAGGCCCGACAUUGGACUGACGACAGAUGCGUUGCCUACAACAAGACAAGCAGUCACAAAUUUGUCAAACGGUAGUAACUGCAUUUUACCAAUUCCUCCACAAUUUGGUAAAUGGCGAAUUGUUGGAGCGGAAAUACUUAAACCUGGAAUGUUUGUAGCAACAAAAACUAUUAUACACGUACAAUGUGACGAGCAUUUCAAACUAGAAGGUCCACAGACAAUGAUCUGCAGAAACGGAAGAUGGUCGCAGGAGGCUGGGCGGUGCCUGAAAGUUUGCCCACCAAUAAUUAGCACACCAAUUAUGCGAGUCACAUGUACCUACAACGGCAAAGAAAGAGAAAAUUGUACUGAAGCUGUGGAUGGCACCAGCGCCAAGAUUCAGUGUGCCGACUUUUACGAAGACUUGCAGUUGGAAAAUGAACCCGAUCACAUCUGCUUUGAUGGGACGUGGAGUCGGCCUCAUCCUCAGUGUGUGCCAGCAUGCGGGCUAUGGCCAACCAGAAAUUUCGCUCAGUCUUCCGAUAGCAACAAAUAUUACCCCUGGCAUGUGUUUAUCUAUGCCUAUAACAAAGAACAACGUAACAAUCAACUUAUUUGUAGUGGAUCUCUAAUAAGCGAAACAAUGAUACUUUCAGCUCUAAUUUGUUUCCGUGAUCCCAAAAGUGACUUCCACUUCCAGAAAAAUUACACCGUAGCUGCUGGAAAAAGUUACAAAGUGUUCAACGACGUCAGAGACACUGAGGCCCAGUUUUCUGAAGUGAUUAAAAUGUAUCUAUUUAGGAACUUUAGUCCCCUUGGACUUGGUGGUGCCGCUUUUUUGGUAAUAGAAAAGCCGUUUGUGCUGUCGCGGAAUGUUCUGCCGAUAUGUUUCGACGAGUACCAAGAUCACAACCCAAUAGAGAAUCAAACUCUUUAUAUCAGCAGUUGGAAUUUUCAGAAUCGCAAUUCUAUCGAUACUUCGAACGAACAACCAACCCGUUUUCUUUCUCAUUCUACGUGCCGAAGUUGCACCAAAAUACUUUUUCAUCCGUUUUUAACAAAACACAGGUCUUGCGUGUCGUGUUCAAACAGUGGUGACAAGUGCCGUUACGAAAUUGGUAGCAGUUUUGCGUACAAGUACAAAAACAGGUACUAUGUUUCUGGUGUUGCUGAUAGUUUGGCUGGAAAACACCUUACAGGAAUACACAAGUGUAGAACGGAGUUUAUCACGUUUUACUUUGAUGUUUCGAAUUAUAUGAGAAAUUUAACAAAGUUUCCCAAAAGUAAAUCAUACUAUGGAGGAAACUAACAAUGAAAUAAAUACAUUUCCUUAUCAGAAAGUGAUUUCAUCGUCCUUAGAUAAUCCUAUUUCGUACUCCAAGAACACUCAAAAUCAUUAAUCAAAAA